AUGUUCAACGCUCUCAAUCGUUUUAUUUCGCGCUUAGACGCGGAAUCACCAACUCAGAACUCCACCCAUGGAGCUUUUGGUUUCCAGGUGCUUCGCAACAAGUCUCCAGAGCUAGCCAUUGAGCCCUGGUUUGAUUUUAUUGUUGGUAUCAAUGGCCGGAUGAUUGACGAUUCUGACCCAAGCCUGUUCGCCCAAGAAGUUCGCAAUUGCGCAGGAAGCACCGUUACCCUAGGGAUAUGGAGUGCAAAGGGCCAACGUACAAGAACCCUUCAUAUUCCCGUUCCUGCCGACCAACCAUCACUGGGCAUCUCACUGCAAUGGACCUCACUCGCCGCCGUCACUAAUAUCUGGCAUAUCCUCGACGUGCCAGCCAACUCACCAGCCGACCUUGCAGGAUUACUCCCCUACAGCGACUAUAUUCUGGGCACGCCAGAAGGCGUCUUGCACGGAGAGAGCGGCCUUGGUGAGCUGGUAGAAGACCACAUUGGCCGGCCAUUACGGCUAUAUGUCUACAAUAAUGAAUAUGAUGUUACUAGGGAAGUCACGAUUCAUCCAAGCAGAGAAUGGGGUGGAGAGGGUGCGCUGGGGUGUGUUUUAGGGUACGGUGCUUUACACAGGUUGCCGGCACCACUCAGCGGGCCGCUUGCUGGACCAGGGGAGACGCUAUUCGAGACGGAGAAUGCUCGGUUUUCAAAUGAGGAGAACCGGUCACUUUCUGCGGCGGGGAGUGGACAGUUUUUCGUUCCUACGACGGUAGCUUCAGAGCCAGGGAGCUUUUUGGUUCCGGCACAGUUGGGAACUCCUCCGCCGCCUACUAGCACCAGGAAAAAGGAUAAGAAGCAUGGACAUGGCCAUGGCGGUAAUAAGGCCCUGGACGACUAUUUUACGGAGGGAGAGAAGAAGAGUAGGGAGCUGGAUCAUGCUCCGAGUGCUAGGAACACCCCGCCUCCCCCUCCUAAAGCUGGGGGUGGUCCGCCAAAGGCUGGCGGGCCACCUCCUCAAGCGGAGGCUGCAAAAGAUACCCAAGAUGCGAAUGAUAGCGGCGUAGACUAG